GAGGGACCCGGAAGGAAGUGAUGUAAUCCUCUUAAUUGAGGAUUCAUAUAUACAGCAGUGUUUGGGGUGUUGCAGCAAUACAUCGUGCAUUAACCGUAAGCUUAGGUACAAAGCUCAGAACAGGCAUUGGAGUUUGCUCAGUGCUGCCGUCCUUUUCUGUACCUGGGCCCGCUGCUGAUAUCUCCUAGACAGACUGAAUCUGAGGGAUUGAAAGAAUGAAGGUUGUCAUUAUAACAUUUUGCCUUAUUGGAGCAGCUUUUGCUAACCCAAUUUUACACAACGUUUUGGUAUCGUCUGAGUCGGAAUCAAACUCUACUGAAAGUUUGCCAGUUUUAGAAUCUUCUGAAAACAACACAUCAGAACUUCAGAGCUCUGAGGAAAACACCUCCAAUCAGAGUUCAGAAUCUGAAUCAGCAGAAUCCACUUCAGAGGACAAGACCUCAGAGGAGAGUGACAGCCAAUCGGAUGAGAAUGACGCGAAGGACUCCUUGGAGGAAACCAAAGACAACAGCAUGGGCAGUGAGGAGAACGUCCGAAAGCAAAGCUGGGUGCGAGUGUUUGCGAGCGUCGUCAAGGGAGUGAGCGCGGAGGACACAACAAGCACAGAGGUCAAAGGUCAACCAGAAUUCCUGAGCCACGAGCUAAGCGACAAAUCGCAGACUCACACCAACCAGCGGCUGGUGGAGAAGCCCGCUGACAGCAGCGAAACCGCCAGCGACAGCACGGACACCAGCGAGAGCAGCGACGUCACGGCGCCAGCGAGCGACAGCGCCAGCAGCGAGAGCCAGGAGAGCCAGGAGGCAAGCGACAGCAACGACAGCAACGACAGCAGCGCAGCCAGCCAGAGCACAGAGGACAGCGACGCCAGCGACAGCGCCGAACUGGAACAAGUCAGGGCCAGAGACUGCGCGAAUAGUACGCAGAGCUGCGAAAGCGAGGAGUAUUUCCUGCAGAGUAUAGGAGAUGACGCCCAUUCACCAGUGGAGCAUCUGAUGGUGCCAGACGAGGAUGAUAGAGAGCUGAGGCUCAGGCGAUGAUGAAAUGCAACCUUUGUGUCGUCAUGCCAUUUCACUUAAUGACCAGCUUAGAGACUAAGGAAUGUUCGCCUCUGAACAUUGAAUCUGCCGUAAUGCUACCUGCCGCUGAUUCACUCUUUUGUGUGAAACUUACUGUGACAGUAUAUCCUACACAUGUACCUUGCUUUGAUAUUAUGUCAGAAAUAAAUUUAAUAUAACCAUUGUAUUCAGGUCUGUUGUGUUGUCCAUUAGAUCUGCACACUUUGACCCUCACACAGCAACACAGUAUCAGUACACAGGCCGUCCCAUUCAUACUGAGUAAACAGGCUUUAUUGUCCCUCAGUGGGGAAUCGUGCAACCAUGUUCUUGACUAUUAAACUUUUAAGGAAAGUA